AUGUACGCCAUUUACAGCUUCCUGCGCACGAAGGCGGACGAAACAGAAACGACCCUCCAGCCUCACCGAUGCCUAGUAAUGUCGGACAGCGAGACGGCGCUCAAGGAGAUCGAACGGGCGUAUCGGGGGCGGACACGCGGCGAGACAAAUAGGAGCGCACUCAAUGCGGCGGUGCAAGCACAAAUCGACAUUAUACAGCGCCACGGAGGGUACGUGAUUUUCAUCUUCACGGAGGGGCAUGCGGGCAACGCGCCCAAUUCCAUGGCGGACGCGGCGGCAAAGGCACACCUGCGGAGCAGGCCCGGCCAUGGCCAGUACCCCGCGUCUCAAACGCUAGCUACAUGGGAGGGCUUCGUGAAGGAUGGAUUGAAAAACAUUCGAACAAAGAAGAGGCGACGGGAGGAACCGGCGGAGGAUGCAGUGACCGGCCUCAGCAUCUCCCACACCCGCGCCAUCGGAAUGCGCGCCAGCUUCGCCUAA